AAUCGUUUGAAUUUCUUGUGUGGGGUGUUGCGGGCCAUCGACAUGAAUUGUUUGUUCUGAUGGCGCGCGCGAAUUGGCUGAUUCAUAACAGAGCUAUUUGUAAGCGCGAUUAGGCGGUGGAGCUGCUUUUGAAUGCGUUGGUGCUGUGCAUAUUGGAGUGAAUAAUUAAUUCGGGAAGCUCGGGAGGUGUACGAUGGAGGAUGUUAGCUCAACGGUACGCGUUGGAGUGUAGGGUUAUCGCAAACAAUUGUGUGUAAAUGCGGUAGAAGCGGCAGUUCUCAAGUCUUCGAAGUUCAGAGAAGAAGGAUUUAUUGGUGACUUCCGGAAGGCAAUGUGAAAAAAUGGAACCGUCAAUCUCGUCGCCAAAUUCCUCGCUGCCUGUGUCGCGGAGCAGCUCUGGGAGCUUUGAUGCUAGUUCUAUUGUUUUAAGAGAAUUGGGUUAUGGGUCGCGCAGUGUGGCUGGGGCCAGUGAUCCCGGUGGAAGCUUCCGUUUAGGUGAGAGCUUUAAUCCAGGUGGGAGUUAUAAUGUAAAUGAAAUUCGUAAAGGAAACGGGAACUAUAAUGCAAACAGAGGCGGGAGCGGGAAUGGUGGAGGUGGCGGUGGUGGGAGAAUGGUGCGAGGUUUAGUAGUCAAAGCUGCGUGUCUCAUAGGAGGAGCUUUUCUUCUUCGCAAGUUGACCAAGACUACAACUCGUUGGGAUCAUGCUCGGAUGGUUGUCCAAGCCCUAAGCGGCGAAAAGUUUUCCACCGAGCAAGCAGCCCGAGAUCCAAUGACUUAUUUCAAUCUCAGAUUUCUCACUUGUCCAGCGACCGUGUUAGCAGAUGGAGCUCACGUCAUGUAUUUCGAGCAGGCUUUUUGGAGAACCCCAGAAAGGCCGUAUCGUCAGAGAUUCUACAAUGUAAAGCCUUGUCCAAAGGAAAUGAAGUGUGAUGUGGAGGUUGGUUCAUAUGCUGUGCGAGAUAUUGAGGAUUACAGAAACUUUUGUGAUCGUCCCAAAGAUCAAAGGCCUCAACCUGAUGAAGUGCUCAAGGAUGUGGCGGAGCAUCUCAACACGGUCUAUCUUUCUGCUUGUGAACGAGGACGGCGUUGUUUGUAUGAGGGGUCCACUCCACCAGAAGGCUUUCCUAAUUCCUGGAAUGGAGCGUCCAGAUGCACCUCAGAGCUCACCAUUUACAAGAACGGAGAAGUUCAUUGUUGGGACCGUGCUUACGACAAUGAGGGCAAUCAGGUUUGGGGAGUAAGACAAGGGCCUUACGAAUUCAAGCCCGCCACUCAAUCAAGUUCAGUCGGAUCACAAACGAAGUCUAACAUUUCCAGUUAUUUUACCUCCAAGAAAAUGGAAGAUACAGCUUCUGCUACCAUGCAUUAAGUAUGCUUCCGAGCUAUUUAAUUGAGCAAAGUUGUGUGUGUAACAGAAAUGCAUUUUCUCCUGUAUAUGUGCUCUGUUCAGUCUGAAUUGCUGAUAGAUUCCAGUCUAGUCUAGGAUUUCGACAUUGCUUCUAAAACAUCUUCUUGGACAGAUUGUUCUCUGUUGCCAUGUCGUUAAGCCGUCAUGCCCCUGAAGUACGCUGACAAGAACAGAAAGUAACCCUCACAGUCACUAUAUUACUAGGUGCAGUGGAUGCCUGUGGGCUUGUACGGUUUUCCUUUUAUGUACACAAAUCUUCAGUACAGAGUGGUUUUUUAGACUUGCAUUCAAGCAUCCAGGCUAA